AUGUCAUUGCUUGCUGGCCCUUGCGGGCCGUCGAAAACCAUCGAGUGGACGCCAUCCGCCGAACAAGCCCUUCCAGAAGAUAAAGCACAGGACAUCGCCUCCGCCUCACUCUUGGCUCGUUCAAUUCCAGACUCAUCACUCGCAAACUUCGCGGAUGCUCCUUCAAAAGCCGUUGGGGCCGCUCAGCAUCAGCUGGGCCCGCACGAUCAGUUACAGCCGCUGGGUUUCUUUUCUAAACCCCUCAAGCCCGCCGGAGCAAGGUACAGCACUUUCGGACGCGAGCUGUUGGCGGUGUACCUGGCAUUCAAACAUUUCAGCGACCGUCUCGAGGGACGCCAGUUCAUCGUUUACACUGCCCACAAACCUCUCACCUACGCAGUCACGUCUGCCUCUGCUCACGUUGCUGGCCUGUCCCACAGUCUAGCCCCAGACAUCGACUACGUCGCGCUCGCACAAGUGCAAGCAAACGACCCCGACAUGCCUGCAAUUCAUAAGUCAUCCUCGGCCCUCGACAUCCACGAGCUUCCCUAUCCUGGAACCCUGAGCCCCUUGUUCUGCGACACCUCUGCGGAAAACCCGCGUCCUCUCGUUCCCCGUGAUAUCCGUCGCCACAUCUUCAACCAAUACCGCUCCCUUCAUCACCUCGGCAUCAAGUCCACGCAGAGGCACAUCGGCUCCUGCUUCGUGUGGCAGUUCAUAAACCGUGGCAUCCGCCGGUGGGCUCGGAAUUGCUUGGCCUGCCAGCGUUCUAAGAUCCGGCUCCGCACGACAUCCUCAUGGUUACCAUUUCCCACCCCCGAUGCCCGCUGCCGCCUUGUCCCCUUGGAUCUGGUUGGACCUCUUCCUCUGUCUGCCGGCUACGUUUACUUCUUCACCUGCAGUGACAGGUACACUCGGUGGCCGGAAGCGGUACCUAUCAAGGAUAUCACGGCUGAGACAACCGCUCUCAGGUUCCUGUCCUCCUGA